AUGGCGACGAGAAAGCAUAACGAUUUUCUAGACUUGGAGGAGAGUGAUGGAAAUGAAAGUCAAGGAUAUAAUUCGGAAGCAGAAGACUUAAAAAAGGGCGGCAGAAGUGUGAAGAGGAGAAAGGUGGAGGAGGAUGAUCAGAGUGACGACGAAGAUAUCGACCAGAACAGCGACAAAGAAGAACAGGACGCCGAGGUUUACGCAAUUGAAGAAGCAUCUAAAGAUAUUGAGUCGGAGUCGAAACCGAAGAGGAUUUCAAAGGAAUUAGAAUUACCAGGAGUCUCUAGGCCACUCACGAAAAAGAAUCUUGUCGCAAGUGCUGCUGCUAUCAAAAAGUCUGGCGUUGUAUAUCUCUCCCGAAUACCACCUUUCAUGAAACCGACAAAAUUAAGAUCACUUCUUGAACCAUAUGGUGACAUCAAUCGCAUAUUCCUGACGCCUGAAGAUCCCGCUUCGCACACAAGACGAGUACGCAAUGGAGGAAAUAAGAAGCGGUCUUUUGUGGAUGGAUGGGUAGAAUUUGUGAAUAAGGCGGAUGCGAAGAAGGUAUGCGAACUGCUCAAUGCGAAAACGAUCGGAGGCAAAAAAGGAAACUAUUAUCACGACGAUGUAUGGAAUCUUCUAUAUCUUAAGGGUUUCAAGUGGAAUAAUUUGACGGAUCAAAUUGCGGCAGAGAAUGCCGAAAGAACAAGCAGGAUGAGAGCCGAAAUUAGCAAGACGACCAAGGAGAACAAGGAAUUUGUACAAAACGUCGAACGCGCGAAGAUACAGGAGGGGAUGGAGGCCAAGAAAGCCGCGAAGAGAAGAAAGGACGAUGAUGUCGAUGUCACGAAAGAAGGAAAUGCAGAGGAUAAAAAGCAGAAGAAAGAUGCCGAUAGGCCCAUGCGCUUCAAGCAAAAUGCUCCAGCAUUGAAGAACAAGGCUCAGAACCAGACAGACCAGGUGAAAAGAGUUCUAAGUAAGAUCUUCUAG